AUGAGAAGGAAGGAGUGGGGGAGGAGGAUAAUUAGUGGUGGUGGCGGAGGUAGUGGUGGUGGCGGGGGUGGUGGUGGCCGUGGCGGUAGUGGCGGCAAUACGAAGACAACGGCGGGCCACUGCGCUAUUGACGGGGUGGUAGCAGGCAGUCUUGAAAAAUUACUUAUCAUGAUUGUGCCGACAUUUGUGGAUCUGCAAGAAUUCAGCGUUGGAAUAAAAUUUGUUGUAAGGGAAGUGGCGGAAGACGGGAUUCAGUAUUGGAAGGCAAAGCAUCUGAUUACAGCUGUGUAUGACGAAAACGAUGAUAAGGCUAUCGUAUACGUUAAAGGGCAUGAAAAACGGUUGAAGAAUAUAUUCGAUGUCAAAGUGAGAAAUCAUGUUAUCAUUGAGACCGUGGAUGCUGAUUACAAAGACAUUAAAUCUUUAAAUAAUUUGGAUACUGCAAACACUAUACGAUGA